GGGUCGGCUGGCAACACUUACAUAUAUCCCUUCCGUAACCAACCACAUUGCAUCAUUUCCUUGCAAAUGGAAUCAAAGGAACCAGAACCCUCUUUCUCUUCUCCUUCUCUCUACUCCUCCAGAUGGUGGUCGAAAGACACAGUAGCAAUUGUGACAGGUGCAAACAAAGGUAUUGGGUUGUCAAUGGUGAAGCGUUUCGCAGAGUUGGGAGUGACUGUAAUUUUAACAGCAAGAGACACUGAAAGGGGACUCAAGGCAGUGGAGUCUCUCAUGGCUCAAGGUCUUCAUGUACACUUCUUUCGCCUCGAUGUCUCCGAUCCAGAUUCCAUCAAAACCUUCGUUUCAUGGUUCAGACUCAAAUUCAGAGCCUUAGAUAUCCUGGUGAACAAUGCUGCAGUGUCAUUCAACGAGCUAGAUGAGAACUCGGUAGAGCACGCAGAGACGGUGAUAAAGACCAAUUUCCAUGGACCAAAGUUGCUGACUGAGGCUCUCUUGCCCUUGUUUCGCCUCUCUCCCUCCACAAGUCGUAUUCUCAACAUUACCUCUAGACUCGGCCAUUUUGAUAAGCUCAGAAAUACAAAGAUAAAGUCGAUAAUUUCAGAUGAAGAAAAACUAUCUGAAGAACAAAUAGACAACAUGGUUAGUUUGUUUCUUUCAAACGUAAAGCAAGGAACAUGGAAGAGCCAAGGUUGGCCUGAGAUAUGGACUGACUACUCUGUUUCCAAGAUUGCUCUAAAUGCUUACUCAAAGCUAUUGGCAAAGCAAAACCAAGGUUGUGGUUUGAGUGUGAACUGUUAUUGUCCAGGAUUCACUCAGACUUCAAUGACUCGCGGUAGGGGUACUCACACCGCUGACGAUGCUGCAGCAAUUGGAGCUAUGCUAGCCUUGCUUCCUCCUCAAGAACUUCCGACUGGAAAAUUUUAUAUAGCUCAUAGCAAUCUCGCGUGCUCUAAGUUAUAGAUGGAUCUUGCUUUGAAUGGGUUCUAAUUUUCUCAAUAUAUAUAUAUAUUUUUAAAUUUUAUAUAUUGAUGUUUUGUUA